AGAAAACAGAAACGAAACCACCAGAGAAAGCCUCCGUCUCCGUCUCACCCCAUCGUAUAAGAAAAAGAAAGAAGAAGAAGACACAUAACACUUUCACACAUUCUCAGAAGAAAUGGAGAGAGCAGUAAUCUCCCCUGGUCUUAAUCAAAAUUACUUACUUUUCCCUUCACGCGCCUUCUCCACGCGCCUCCACUCUUUCUCCUCUACUCGGAACUUAUCGCCGCCGUCUUCCUCCUCCCUCAAGCUUCAUCAUUCUUCGUCUUCUUCCUCUGUAUUGUCCAGUGUCAUCAAUGGUGGUGCCUCCUUUACUCGAUGCAACGCUGUGCUCUCCAAUUCUUCCAGUACGGAGGUGUCUGAAAUAGCCGACAUAGAUUGGGAUAACAUCGGAUUCGGGCUUAAGCCGACUGAUUACAUGUAUGUGAUGAAAUGUGACAUCGAUGGAGAGUUCACAAAAGGUGAAUUGCAACGUUUUGGGAACAUUGAAGUCAGCCCAUCUGCUGGUGUGCUCAACUAUGGACAGGGAUUGUUUGAAGGGCUAAAAGCUUACAGAAAGGAAGAUGGUAAUAGUAUCCUCCUCUUUCGUCCUGAGGAGAAUGCAAACCGUUUGAGAAAUGGUGCGGAGAGGAUGUGCAUGCCUGCUCCAACCGUUGAGCAGUUUGUCGAAGCUGUGAAAGAAACUGUAUUAGCAAACAAACGUUGGGUUCCACCUCCAGGUAAAGGUUCCUUAUAUGUUAGACCGUUGCUUAUGGGGACAGGAGCUGUUCUUGGUCUUGCACCUGCACCAGAAUACACUUUCAUUAUCUACGUUUCCCCUGUUGGGAACUACUUCAAGGAAGGUGUGUCACCGAUCAAUUUGAUUGUGGAAAAUGAUUUUCACCGUGCAACUCCUGGUGGUACCGGAGGUGUUAAAACCAUCGGCAAUUAUGCUGCAGUACUGAAGGCACAGUCGAUUGCAAAAGCUAAAGGAUAUUCUGAUGUUCUGUACCUUGAUUGUGUUUACAAACGAUUUCUUGAAGAGGUCUCGUCUUGCAAUAUUUUCAUCGUAAAGGAUAAUGUGAUCUCUACUCCUGAAAUAAAAGGAACCAUUUUACCCGGGAUUACACGGAAAAGUAUAAUCGACGUGGCUCGAACCCAAGGGUUUCAGGUGGAGGAACGGAAUGUGACAGUGGAUGAGUUACUAGAAGCAGACGAGGUUUUCUGCACGGGAACCGCUGUGGUUGUCUCUCCCGUUGGAAGCGUUACUUACAAAGGCAAAAGAGUGUCUUACGGAGAAGGUACCUUUGGAACUGUGUCGAAGCAAGUGUACACCGUUCUGACAAGCUUGCAGAUGGGUCUGAUUGAAGACAACAUGAACUGGACUGUGAAUCUGAGUUAAGCCAGGCAAAAGCAAUCAUCAGUUCGGCUUAUUGGUUUUGCUUUUCAUUUUCUAUAUAUGGUCUUGGAAUGUUUAGAAUCUGGUUAAUCUAAAACUUGAGAUCUUACAACUUAGAUGGUUCAAUAUCAUCAGUAGAUGUUGUUACCCCAUAUUACCAAUAAUCAUAUAUUUACAUAUGUGUUUCUGAUUA